ACUUCAGUACAGGAUCUGAAUAUCAUCACUGACUAAAGACAGACAAUCAUAAAAACAUACAAACAGCUCUGUCACUUAACUGAUGUCAUGAUGAAUAUAUAGGCCUGGUCAAAAGUUCUAAACAACACUGAUGGUAACACGUGGCAUAGAGAGACAUCAGUUAAGGUCAAUACACUUAAACCUAUACAUGUAGGUUACCUUUGUGAUGCUCAUAAUUAUCAAUGUGGGUCAUGCGACCUAACAUUUUCAUUUCUACACCACUAUCAAAGACAGUGUGUAAACCGAACAGUCUCAUCGGAGGGUUUAUUCUGCACAACGCUGCCCUCUAGUGAUCAAAUGCACAUCCUGCUCCGCAAAGCUACAUUCAGUGGUUUCCAGAUAGGAACACAGUCUACAAACACAAAGUUUAAUGCUGUUUAAUGAAUCUGUAUGAAUCAAUGAAUAGUUUUAUUCAUGUGUCUGGUCAUUUAAAUGGUCCAUCUCUUUUUGAAUUACUGUACACACACUGUCCCAUUGGCCUUACUCAGCCUAAUAAACACAUAUUAUAGAAAUAUAAACAAACAAAACCCUGCCAGAAAAAAAAAAAAUGCUCCCACAUUUCUUUUGAGUGUUACAUUCAGAGAUGAGCCUGAAGUAUUACAGACUUUCUUUUCUCUGCAGUAACUUCAGACACACUGUAUGUUUCAUACAGUGUAAAGACUCUGGGCUCAUCCCUGUUUCUGCAAGAUCAAACAAUAACCUCUGUCAGGUUAGACUACACCUCAGAAUGAUGGGCAGGUCUUUUCUUGAAGGAUAUCUGUGAUUAGAAACUGUCUAUAUGUUUAUCUGUUCUUUGAUCACCCGCAUAAGCCACAUCUGGUUGUUUUUAAUGGUCAGAACUGCAUCAUCUCUGCUGGUGUAAACAGAGGAGUGGGUUGUCUUAAAACAUUUUUACACACUGACCCUCUUCAGGAUGAGGCCUCAAUUUCAGCUAAUAAAUCAGGACUUAAGGCCCUCAUCAGGUCAGCUGCUGUUGUGUUUUAAUGUGACAUAUUCCCAGUCGAACUUUCAGUUAAAUGAGCACAAACAAGUUGACACACAAUAAGCUUUUGGGGAUCUGGAGUCCGGGGCUCAGUGCACCCAUGUGGCAGGAAACAACACAAGCAUGGAGAUCUGUGAUGACAAUGCGGUGCAUAUUGACCAUACAUAUCCAUGUUGUGGCGUGUCAGCUCUGUCCAUGUUCAUUUUGUCUUUAGACACUUACUUUAGACUAACUUAACUAACAUCAAUGUAGUACUUGUAACAGAAUAUUUUGAUUUGAUUUGUUGGACCGUUGUAAUGAAUCAAAGCUGUUGCUAUUGGAAACUAGAGACAGAAAAAAACACUUGCUACUACAUCUUGCAAAAGUCUGGAAGAAAGUUUCAUGGUGUUUUCUCACCGGUUUCGCAGAUAUUAAACAGACCAGCAUCAGCAGCAGAGCGACGAGGACGAGGACGGAUCAUGCCAAAGAAAGCCAAGAAAAGUGGAGGAAGAAAGGGUUCUGGGUUCCUACAGGACAGAGCUCAGGCUGAGGAGGAGGAGGCCAGGAAGAGAGAGGAGACACUCACACAGUUUCUGAAGGACAAGUUGGAGAAGGAGGAGAAGAACACUGCAGUGAACCUGCUGAAGGUGGGCGAAGGCUGGAGGGCGAUUCUCCUUCAGACUCAAGACCCUGAGUUUCGUGAAGAAAUCAAAACCUUCAGGCAGACGUUUGAGAGUGAGAUGGCUGGCCUGGACAGCAUCAUCAAUGACCUGGCGCGUGACCUGCAGGAGAAGGCGCGCCAGUCGACUCGGGGGCGUCAGGUUCACCUGCAGCGUCUGGAGCGUCUGUGGGCUCUGCAUGAGAAGCGAAUGAUGACUGUGCAGCAGCAUUGGGAGAACGGCAUGCAGCAGCUGAGCUCCAGGUUCAACUAUGAGUGGAAGGGACAAUCUCAGCAGCAGCUCGCUGAUCUAAAAAACACAACACGCACUGUGGAGCAGAACUACAAAGAAGUGAUGGAUGAAAUCCAGGCACUGCACACGGGCAGCAUUUCAUCCUACAAUGACGCUCUUAGAGCGCAGAAAUUAAGCCAUGACAAUGAAAAGACACAGAAGGAGAAGACUGUUGAGACCAAGGAGGGUCUGCAGUUCUGCCGCAAAAAACAACAACAACUGGACAAGAUGGUUUAUAGAGAGCAGCAGUACAUUCAGCAAACAGCUGAAAUGAUCAAGGCGGUUAAAGGGCUGCAGGACAAAGUCAUUCAUGUGAGGGGGAGGCUGAAGUCCAUUAAGACAGAAAAUAAGCCAAAGGAACAAGAUCUGGCGACCACCGUCACUGAGGUGAAUAAAAAGACUGACAAGCUUUCCAAGCAGCUGAAUGAGAAUCGCUCAGUGGCGAGGAAACAGCUCAUCGACCUCAGUGCACAGAGCAACAAGACCGCCAAGAAACUGCAGGCAAUGAUCGCCAAGGGUGAGAAGGUUUUACGUGUUGCUGAAAUGUGCCGAAAGCUGGAAAUCAAGCACGAAGAGGUCUUGUCAUCACUGUCAUCAGCUGCAGAUAAUCAAAGAUCCAUGACUGAGGGGGAGGAAGAGGAAAAGGAGACAUCUGAGUUUCCAGAGUUGAUGCGGCGCAUGAACACCGCUCUGCUGGUUCGAGACACUCUGAAGAAACAGAAACAGGAUCUGAGGCAGCAGAACCAGCAGCUGAGGCGUCAGCUGCGUCAGCAAGUGGACGACAUGAGUGUCAGCGACAGCACCCUCGACGGACACGACGCUCCCCUCGCCGUAUCCAAGGUCCCGACCACGGCGGUCCCACCGAUCACCAACAGACGUUCCAACGACAAAAUGGCUGUUUCACAUACAGCUUCUCCACAACAAUCUUAAUCACCUGUUAAAUAUUAUUGUUUACACCUUUUACUCUCAUUUUUCCUAAUACUUGAAUAUACUUUGAUAAAUAUUACAAAAUUAAACAAAUUUUCUGAGAAAUAUUUGUAACUCAAGGUCCACUUACUUUCCAUUCUGAAGCUUUCAACCAUUUCUCAAAGUCCU